AUGGCGGCAGGCUCUCCCAACCUCUACUCGUUCCCCGAACCGGGCGACCUCCAGAAACAGCUCAGGAAGUAUGUGCUGCAGUCACAGAACGCCGCGUUAGCGAGACACUCAACCUUCCGCGUCGCCGUUUCAGGCGGCUCGCUCCCAGCGGUUCUGGCGAGCUCUCUGCUUGCUCCCGCCGACGGUACGGAUGAAGACACGCCUAAGUUUGCCUCAUGGCAUAUCUUCUUCGCAGACGAGCGGGUUGUAGCCCUUGAUCACCCAGAUAGCAAUUAUGGGCUGUUGAAGAAGGAGUUGCUCGACAAGAUACCAACAGACCAGCUUGGCCAGCCGACGGUUCACCCCAUUGAGCUACACGACGAUAUCCAGGAGGUGGCCGACCAGUAUCAGGACGAGCUGAGACGCUCGUUUGCCGCCAAGGAUAGUGUCAAAACGCCUGUUUUCGACCUUAUUCUGCUUGGGUGCGGGCCAGACGGCCACACAUGCAGCCUCUUUCCGGGGCAUGAACUGUUGCUGGAGAAGGACUCAUGGGUCGCUCCCAUAGAAGAUUCGCCGAAACCACCACCGAAGAGAAUCACACUGACCUUGCCAGUGGUCACUCACGGAUUAAGGGUUGCUUUCGUCGCUACAGGCGGUGGCAAGAAGGAUAUACUCUCCCAGAUAUUUGAUCAAAACGAGGGUAGAUCGCUUCCCUGUGCGAUGGUUAAUACCGCUGCUGGUGAGAAGGUUAGCUGGUUCACCGACUCAGCCGCUUCUCAACAUGUUAGGUUCCCCAAGCGCGAGAACCUCUAG